CGCACCACCUAUAUCCAACCGUACGCGAACACACCACACAGACUGCCACAUCAAUCACUACACAAUGAUAGUCGAAAUACAGGAGGAGGUUAGAGGAAAGAGGCCUUUCAAGAUAUGGGACAGUUCGAGGAACGUAAGGAAGGGGUUGGUGGUCACAAGUUUCGAGGAGUUAAUACAUAGAGGUAAAGAGAAGUUAUCGGUAGCGGCGAGUGAGCCGGUGCGGCUGGUGCUUGAGAGCGACGGGACGCAGGUUGAAGACGGCGAUUAUUGGCGAACCCUUCCCCCCAACACCGUGCUGUUAUUGCUUCGGCAGGGAGAGCGAUGGUAUCCCACGGGCGUCGACGUCAUCAAGGCUGCAAUCUCGGCUAUCCCAAAAAUAGUAUGCGAGACGAUCCACGCGCUCGAGCUGCACGAUGAAACACCUUCAUGGAAGAUCAUGGACAACAAGGGGCGAGUCACGGUGGUGUUGCACUGGGACCAGCGGCCGCAGGCGUCACCGGCCGCGCGCUCUCCCUCGCGCCAAGCCAAGCCCGACCGGCGGCCCUCGCUCGUGAUCCAGACGUCGCUGGACCGGCCGCAGCCCCCGCCGCCGCACAUCACGGUCGUCAACCACGACGAGCCGGGGCCCGCGCCGCGCGGCCGCCUGUCCCGCGCCUCCGGCUCGCUGGAGCACCCGCCGGGCGCCGUGCACGUGCACACGGCCGAGUGCCGCGCCGGCUCCGCCUCGCCCGCGCCCGCGCCGCCCGCGCGGCCUCCUCCCGAUGAGUGCGACUUCCACUGCUGCGCGCUCCACGAGGAGGGCCGCCGCAUCGCCGUGCACAAGAGCGUCGCCACCUCGCCCAUCCAGGACGCGCAGCCGCGGGCCUCCCCGCAGGGCCGGCCGAAGGGCCACGUGCGCUUCCUCGACGCCGAGUCCGCCCGGCGCGGCGACCGAGACUCCUCCGAGAGCGAGACCGAGAACACCCUCGUCGAAGACGAGGCGGUCACCUCCGAGAAGUUUCUGCUACUGAUUGACCAGCUCAGCGUGGAUCAAAAGAGGCAUCUCACCAUCAAGGACAUCGGCAUAAUCUUGGAGCGGCUCAGCUCGAAGAUCCUCGACGUGGAACGGCUCGACCGCGAAUCGGAAUCGGACGACUGCUACAAUUGGACCAUCAAGGCGACGAUCAGAGGCGACGCGCUGCGGGAGUUGGGCGUGAUAUACAACGGGAAUUAUUAUGCGAUCAGUGAACACCCAGGCUACCGGGAGGAGAACGAGGAGGCCGGCGACGAAGGGGAAGAAGAGGAAGAGGAAGACAGACUCUGAUCGGGCC